AUGGACUUGGUGGCGGCUCGUACCGCCGGCUCAGCGCGGAUCGGCUCGUCUCGGCAUGUUGUUACUGCUAGCUCAAUGCAGUAUCGCGCACAGCCUUUUGUCAAACUUGCCAUUGUUGCGUUGACGGCUUUGGUGCAUCUCAUCGCACCGGUACUCUCAGCUCCCUUCUCCUUCGCAACACCGUAUCUUUCAACCGCAUCCGAUGCGUCGGGAGCUUCACAUCCCCAUCACGAUGGCGACGAUCCUGUCAGCGACGAUCCGCUCAAACUUACCAUCGACAUUCUCACCAUCGCUGCGCUUGUCGUGCUCGGUGGUAUCUUUGCAGGCCUCACUCUUGGGCUCAUGGGCCUUGACAUGGUCAAUCUUCAGGUAUUAGCCUCCUCUGGCUCUGACAAGGAACGCAAGCACGCCACAAAGGUGCUCAAGCUUCUUGAAAAAGGUCGUCACUGGGUGCUCGUCGUCUUGCUUCUCGGAAACGUCAUCGUCAACGAGACCCUGCCCGUCUUUCUUUCCGACUUUGGCGGUGGUCUCGCAGCCGUACUCUCUUCCACCUUGCUCAUCGUCAUCUUUGGAGAAAUCGUCCCGCAAAGCAUCUGCGCACGUUACGGUCUCGCUAUCGGCGCCUUUUGCGCACCCAUGGUUCAUGCCACCAUGCUCAUCCUCGCUCCCAUCGCCUGGCCAACUGCCAAGUUCCUUGACUGGUGUCUCGGCGAAGAGCACGGCACCACCUACCGCAAAGCCGAGCUCAAGACUUUUGUAUCACUUCACCAGCAGAUAGGAACCGAGCACUUGCACGAAGACGAAGUCACCAUUAUCCGCGCUGUACUCGAGCUCAACGAUAAGACCGUUCGCGACGUCAUGACCCCAAUCGAAGAUGUCUAUAUCAUGUCGAGCGAUACCAUCCUUGACGAGGAAGGCGUAGCCAAACUGGUUCGAUCCGGCUAUUCGCGUGUACCCGUGCACGAACCGGGCAAGAAGGAUGCCAUUGUCGGUAUGCUAUUGGUCAAAAACCUCAUCCAGUAUGAUCCUGAGGACGCUCUAGCCGUGUCGAGCUUCCAUCUCACUCCGCUUCCCGAGGCCAGUUGCGAUCUCACGCUCCUCGACUGUCUCAACUACUUCCAGCAAGGUCGCAGUCACAUGAUUCUCGUCUCGACUCACCCUGGCGAGUCGCGCGGUGCGCUCGGCGUUGUCACGCUCGAGGAUGUCAUCGAAGAGAUGAUUGGAGAAGAAAUCGUUGACGAAACUGACAUCUAUGUUGACGUACACAACAAGAUCAAGGUCGUCCGAAAUCGUCAGGCUGCCAAUAGUGCCGGUCAGAACUGGCAGCCCCUCAUUCGCGGUAUCAUUGAGCGACGUCGAAAGCUCGGCGGUCCUAUGAAGGCACCCCUCCGCAGCAGCUACGGCACCAUUGGCAUCAUGGACAACGAUCUCGGCGCCAGAAACGACGCAAAGUACGGACUACCCAACAGCAAAGUUCGUGCCGUCGACAAAGUGGCCAUUAAGCGACCAGGAUCACCUAAUUCGUUUGCCAGCAUCUCUCGCAAAGCCUCCGGCUCAUACGAGCCAAAUACUCCCAUGCGGCGCGAGAGCACCUCUUCCGUCGCCACGUCCGUGGACGGUCUCAACUAUCAAGAUUUGCAUCGUGCUGCGCUCAGCAACCAAACUUCCGGCAGCGUUCAGAACUCCUACUCAGAACCUUUUAUUGUCGAGGUCGGCAGUCAGGAUCGUACACCUCACAUCGUCAGGAUAUCCGACAUCCAAGAAUAUCCUGGUGCAGAAGAGCGAGCCAGAAAAGAAGACGAAAGGCACCAACAUCAGUCUGCCAAUGAUAUUCGCAACGGUGACUUUAUUAACGAUGACGCUGCCGAGAACGAUGAAAGUGGAGAGAGACGACCUUUGCUGGACGGCAUCAAAAGGGUAUCUGGGCGGUCCAAUUAG